ACUACUUCCUGUUUACAGUGGACGUAACUACUGCAGUAUGUGGCCCCGCCCCUCCUCAUUGACGGCAAAAUGGCGACGGAGAACUGCGAUAUGGACCCUGACAUGGAACUGCUAAGUGACGAGGAAUUAGAAAGGGAAGCGGAGGGCUUCAAAGAGCAAGGCAAUGCCUUUUAUAUCAAGAAGGAUUACGCAGAAGCAUUCAAUUAUUACACUAAGGCCAUUGACAUGUGUCCGAAGAAUGCAAGUUACUAUGGAAACCGGGCAGCCACACUAAUGAUGCUGUGUCGGUACAGAGAGGCUUUAGAGGAUUCCCAGCAAGCAGUACGACUAGAUAACUCCUUCAUGAAGGGCCAUCUGCGAGAGGGCAAGUGCCACCUGUCCCUUGGCAAUGCUAUGGCUGCCAGCCGCUGUUUCCAGAGGGUUCUGGAGCUGGAGCCUGACAAUAGCCAGGCUCAGCAGGAGCUGAAGAAUUCAGAAUCCAUCCUUGAAUACGAGAGAAUGGCUGAGAUUGGAUUUGAGAAGAGAGACUACAGAAUGGUUGUUUUUUGCAUGGACCGUGCCUUGGAGCCUGCCUCAGCCUGUCACAGGUUCAAGAUACUGAAGGCAGAGUGCUUAGCCCUGCUGGGACGCUACCCUGAAGCUCAGUCUGUAGCCAAUGAUAUCCUGCGAAUGGACCCAACUAAUGCAGAUGCACUGUACGUGCGUGGACUUUGUCUAUAUUAUGAGGACUGCAUUGACAAGGCUGUCCAGUUCUUUGUCCAGGCCCUGCGUAUGGCUCCUGACCAUGAGAAGGCUCGUCUUGCAUGCAGAAAUGCCAAAGCACUAAAAGCCAAGAAGGAGGAGGGGAACAAGGCGUUCAAGGAGGGAAACUAUGAGGCAGCCUUUGAGCUGUACUCUGAGGCACUAACAAUAGACCCCAACAACAUCAAGACUAAUGCCAAGCUGUACUGUAACAGGGCCACCGUUGGAUCUAAGCUGAAGAAACUAGAACAGGCCGUUGAAGACUGUACGAAGGCCAUUAAACUGGAUGAGACCUACAUCAAGGCCUAUUUACGGAGAGCACAGUGCUACAUGGACACAGAGCAGUAUGAAGAGGCCGUGCGAGACUAUGAGAAGGUUUACCAGACAGAGAAGACAAAAGAACACAAGCACCUCCUGAAAAAUGCCCAGCUGGAGUUGAAGAAAAGCAAGCGGAAAGAUUACUACAAAGUGCUUGGGGUGGAUAAGAACGCCACAGAAGACGAGAUCAAGAAAGCUUACCGCAAACGGGCGCUUUUACAUCACCCAGACCGUCACAGCGGAGCUAGUCCUGAGGUGCAGAAGGAAGAGGAGAAGAAGUUCAAGGAGGUGGGCGAGGCUUUCAGCGUGCUUUCAGACGCAAAGAAAAAGUUACGGUACGACAGCGGUCAGGAUCUGGAGGAUGACGGCAUGAACAUGGGAGAUUUUGAUGCCAACAACAUUUUCAAGGCAUUUUUUGGCGGCCCGGGAGGUUUCAGUUUUGAAGCAUCUGGACCAGGAAAUUUCUUCUUCCAGUUUGGCUAAUUGGAGGAUCCGUCUACCUAAACAUUUACUACAUCAGGACUUUUCAACAAUGUCAACCCCGUCAACCCACCAUCCAUAUUUAAUGACUGACUACAAGUCAUAUUUUUGUCUAUGCCAUUGACUGAAUGAAUGCAACCCAAUGACCACAUGCAACCAAUGAUUUAAAGCCUGUAGGGCGAUGACACUAAGGCGGCUCAGACUGAGUUGAUAGUGUUUUGGAUUUGGUUUUCUUCCUUCCAGAAUGAAAUAAACUUUAUAGUCUGUAAUAGCUAACAACCCUGGUUGAAAUGUUCUCUCAAUUUCUGGAGACAGGAGAGAUUGUGCAGCUAUUGAAUCAGAGCUUUUAGGGAACACUGCAGGAAGUGACAUCGUGAGGAAACUCUUUGAGAUGCAACUAAGCAUUGAGCAAGCUAUUAUUUGCCUCCUCUCAACUUACUGCUGAGCGAGUAUUCUCUGAUUGAAAGUUAAUAACUUGCUUAACGAUUUUGGGAGAAAGUCAGUGAGCAAGCGGCACCUCCCCCCCUUUUGAUAAUCUGUCAGACAGACAGUCGGCUGCUACAAAUUCGCACUGAAAACUGCCUCCUUGUCAUAAGCCAACAGAAUCACUUGAGCAUUUUUUCUUUAAAUUCACAACAUCUGGAGCCUAAACCUACACAUACAGUGCAGCUGAAGCACACUUGAAACAUGGCAGUGGAGACAGCUGUGCUGGUUUUGUUGCCAGCAAAGCCCCCCCUCUUUUGUCACAAGUUUUAUGUUUGAUGUUGCCAUUCACAGAUUGCUGCAUUGUACCUUUUACUGGAAUGUAAAGUGUUGUGAUGAUAGUUGAUUAUGUUUUUCCAUUUUUUUAUUUUGAUAUGUAUAUUUAUUGUACAUUUGCUGUCUGAUAGAACCGUCUGUGUGAGAUGAGGACACUUUUCUGUUAUGUAAAAGUGUAAAAGUCGCACAGAUUGUGAGCAUCUCUAAACACAAAAUUCAGGAAGAUACUUGUUUUGCUUGAUCUGCAUGAAAUAGAGUGUGCUCUAGGUGUUCUUUGACUGUGAUGCAAGCUGUCUAACUUAACUCAAUGCACCAGAUAAGCAUAAGAAUAGGGCAGAUAUGUGUUUGCCAGUGUCAGUGAACCAGGCUCUGUGUGAUGCUGGAAACCUGGUAAUGUUCAGUUACUUCCUGACGGCGUGCUCUUGUUGCACUUCAUGAAGCGAAAAGAAAAGCCUCCUCAUCUUUGCUCUCAUUAUUUUUGCCCUUUUGGUGAAGCCAUCCUCUCUCUUACCCUUGAAAAGUACCAGCCAAGUCAAUAAAGUUGGCCUCCUCUGGG